GGCUGGGGAGAGGGGAGGGGGCUCCAACGCGGAAGGGUGACGCAGUCAAGAUGGCCACACGGGGAGAAUCACUGUGUCACUGGGAAGACUCGAUGCUGCUCCACGUGGACCUCGUGCGAAAGAGCGGCUGGACCGACGUUCGAUCGACGUUGCUACAUCUCCCUCCCUGUGUCUGCUGUCGUCGGGACUCAAGCCAUGGACAGCCCCUGCAGGACUCACCGCGGGUACCACCAGAACCCGGAGGCAAUAAUAGAUGCUGCGGAAAAAUAGCGCACGGACUAGUUGCCACUGUUGGGGAAGAACGCAACUGCAACCGCGACGGUGAUCUUGGCGACGUCCCAGUGGAGCUGCCAGCUGCAUCAACCACGAUCGUGUUCGCUGUAAACGCAGGACGCACCAUUCCGACGCGAAGAUUCAGCGACGUCGUGGCGGCAGCGGAAGAACGCCUGCGAAUAGACUUCCGCGCCACUGAAGGUCGUGACCAACUGCAGCGACCAUGCGUUCUGGCAGCCUUCUGCGAUGGAUCGAGCAUCAUCUACUACACUGUGUCAAGCGGGAUUGAUACUUCGUGAUUCGUGCAAGAUGGAUUUCGAAGCAACAGCGACCACCGUCAACGUACGUCUAGUCGCGGCUGCGGCGAGGUUUGUGUCUGUUGGCGAAGACAACGACA